GAGAGUACGCACGGGAAGAGGUGGAGGCGAGUAAUUCCCGAGGAUUGGUAAAAGUCACACACCAUUCUCCAGCUAGAGCUAGUGGCAUCUGCCAGUAGCACUCGUUAUAGGUGCCCCUCUCAUUUACAAUUGAAGCUCCUUCGAGAAGAAUAAGAUUGCCCGAUGGCUUCGAUGCAAGAGCUGUAUGCUGCUUUCUUCAGUCGUUCCAGUGAUCUUAUCCCUUCAGAUGUGAAAGAGCUUGACGGGAAUUUGUGGAGAAAUCUGCCUGAAUAUGUCACGGACAGUUUGAUCAAACGACUUUCGUUCUGCGAACGAGUUCCCUUGCGACAAGUCUGCAGAUCAUGGUUAGAAGGUAGUCUCUCUCAUUUGCCAACAAGCGAUGUUGAACUCCAAUCUCUGCCGAUCUUGGUGGGAAAUUGGUCUUUGACAGUUUAUAAUGUAAAAAGAAACGCUUGGAGAGAAAAAUCUUUGAAAGACGUAUACCUCAAUGAUAUGGUGAAAGGGCUGGAGUCAGCAGGUGGACUGAUCUGUGCAGUCACCAGGCACUCAGAAAACCUGCUGAUCGUUCACAAUCCGUUCACAAACCAGAGCAAGUACUUGAUAGCACCGAAAGCAUUCAAAGCUCCUUUCGAGCAGAGCUCAAAUCCCAGUUAUAUGUUCGGGCCACCCAGACUUCGCUCUCUAAGCGACAUAGCUCUUCACUAUGACGCAAUGACUGGUAUGUACAGAAGUAUACUUGGGUUGGUUUGUGAUAAGCAGAAAGCAAGUUACACCAUCAUCCUUGCAAAUACUUACCACGACACUCAUCGCACAACCUUUGUAUACGAUUCUCUCACGAAUUCUUGGACGGAAUGUGACAAAGUACCUAAGGAGAUAAUGUUCUGGUAUGGUGGUGAAAGCCGCAUCGUCUGCAACGAAAGUUUAUACUGUUUGGCUAAAGGAAAGUAUUUUCCUCAAGGGUACCUCGAAUGCAUGCUGGUCAAGUUUAACUUGUGUUCCCGAAAGUGGACGUAUUUCCCCGUGCCAGAGGACUGCAACGAAGACCACCCUUUCCUGGUGGAACACAGGAAAAAUGUAAUCUUCAUAUCACAAAGAGAUGAACCUCGAACACUGCAGUUUUACCGAUUUGACGAAUCGAAUGGCUGGGGUUGUUGGCAGUCAAUGAAGUCGAUGCCCAGCACAUUAUGGACGGAGUUUGUGGGAAAAGCUGAUCAGUGUCUGUCUCGUUGUGUUGGCAAAGGCAACCUGAUCUACCUCACUGGGCAAAAGCGAAAAGGAUCUGGAGUUGUAGCUUUGGUGUUUGAUCCCACUAGGUGUGUCUACAAAUGGCUUCCAGAGUUGAAGGACGAUCAUCUCAUGAGCGAGCUUCGUUGCUACGAGCCUUCAUUGCAACCAGUGUGAAAGAAGCUCUGUCUUUCUCAAGUAUGACUUCAAUAGAAGAGUAUUCAAGCGAAAAAAAAAAUCACAUGCAGGCAUUAGUAUAUCACAGUUGUUAGUGUUCUGGUUGAGUGGACAGUGCAGAUGCUCUAUAUGUGACAGAUCCAUCUGCAUUCUUUUAUGUAGAACCUGUAACUAAGAAUGCAGCUCUACUUAGUUCAUAGAGAAUUUGUACAUAAAUCACAACAGUCGGUGGACUUUAACUCCGUGAUCUUGUAACUGAAGGCUUGUCCUACAGACGUCGAUGUAUUAGCUCAUCUAGGCAAUAGGCCUUCUAGGUAAUAGGCCUCCAUCACAUUCAGGGCCAACUAGGAACAUUCGCAUGGAAAUUGUUCACAACUGAAAGGACAGUCGCAGGGUUAAUCUCUAGCCCUGUUCAUUUCCUGUCGCUUAUAAAACUUGCAGUCAGACAGAACCACUGCAGAACUUUCGUG